GAUUAAUUUCUCCAAGGACCAAUUUCUGUCACGGGAAAAUUUUAUUUGGCGUGAUCUUUACAUCGCUCUGUUUAAAUUUUAAGCUGCGUAAUAUCGGCGUAACUGCAAAAAUGUCAGCAGUGUCCUUUGCAACUGGGCAAGUCGUCUGGGCAAAGCUAAAAGGUUACAACCGCUGGCCGGCGUGCGUGGAGACGCCACCGGAGAACGCUAGAAAUCGUGGUGUCUACGUGCAGUUCUUUGAAACUGAUAAACCAGGACAAUUUGGUUGGGCUCCUAAAUCCGGGGUAAAGCCUUUUACGUUGAACAAUCAGUCCCAGAAGGAACUGUCCAACGAGCAACUGCAGAAGUGCGUAAAGUUCGCAGCAUUAAAGAUCAACGGGAAUGCUGCCGCUCCUACAGCUGCGGCUCCGAUUUCACAACGGGUGGUUGAAACUGUGCAAGCAGAAGAGGAUCCGGCCUCUUCAAACGAACAAGAAGCUCGUUUGGGCAACUCCGUACAGACUGGAGAUGCAACCGUUAUCGCAUCGGGAGUCUCCCAAAUUCGAGCCUCGUUGGCCGCGGAAGUGAACACUCUGGAUUCGUCGCACAGUCCACUCCGCGACGAUGAACUUCCGCCAUUGUCAGAACAGGAUGCAAUGUCCGAUGCGUCGGGCAGCACGACAGGACGAAGCAAGGAGACCAUUCCCUUCGAAGAAGUGGAUGGCUGGAUUAGCGAUAACUUUUUGCCGAGCGCAACAGCACAACUAAAGAGCGAUCUGAUUUGGCAGUUCUUCGAACGGUUCUGCGCGAGCAAAAAUUAUGCCCCAAUGCCAAACUUCAAGAAAAGCCUUGGCCGGCGUUUGUCAAAUCGGUUCAAUGUUCCAGGGGGUUACAACUGCGGGAAGAAGAGUGUUAAAGGGCAAAAGCGGUCUGGUAUUCAGUUGUCCGAAGAUGGCAGUGCCGCAUUCGAACGUUUGACUGGUCUCAAUGUGGCUAAAAUUAUAGUUCGCUAUUAAUACGCCGUUUAGUUUAUAUGCAUUGUAAGUCAUGUCAAGUAACUGCGCAAAAAUUGAGCUUCUUCAGGAAUG